AUGACGGAUUCAAAGCAGAGCGGCUUCGAGUUUGUUAUGCAGGAUCCAACUGAGCGAUUUAGCAACGAGACUCGGACCAAGAUCCGAAAACAAGCCAUGCGGGGCCGUGUUAGUGCCCCGCGUCACAGGUCAAGUCGCUCCUCGAGCCCGCCCACGAACCAGUCCAAAUGUCCCACACGAUGCGAUUCCGAUCUAGGGCAUCCUUUGCCCCCAAUGCCUCUUUCUGGAUUAGAAUUGCUGGUCAGAGACCGUGGACUUGAUCCAAUGGAUCUAUCUGCAUUAGCCUCCAUCCACAUUGGAACCAUAGCCGCAAUAGUACUUUCAUCGGAGCCUAGUCCAUUGCCAGGUGUGCUGCUAUGUCGCCAAAGAUCGUAUUUCUCCUAUAUACCGUCACAUUUUGGGCACACUUUAGCCCUCGACGACGCUUUUCGCUGCCUGAUCACGAGCGCUCAUUCCAAGCUAGUACCAUGCCACAGCUCAAGACCGGAGACAAUCCUUUCGAAUUAUUCGAAUGCACUACACAGCCUCCAGUCCGCGGUAAAGGAUCCCAAAACUCGGUACAGCACCGAAGUUCUAUGUGCAACCGCAGUCCUAUCAAUUUUUGAGCUUCUGAAUUCGCCAAAUGGAAUGCCAUGGAGUCAGCAUAUCGCUGGGGCAUCCCGGCUCAUCCAACUUCGUGGCCCAUCAAGAUUCACGUCAGAAUUCGAUAAAAGCCUUUUCAUCUCUCUCUCAUACCCCAUAUGCGCACAAUCCCUUCUCAACAACGAAUAUUGCUUUCUAGACGACCCAGCCUGGCUUGAAGUCAUGGCAUCCACCCAUGUUCCAAGUGAAACCUUCACUGAUCGAUCCAAGCUAGGCAUCGACCUGAUGAUGUUGAAGCCUCGAGUCUCAGGACUUGCUAAGAGAACUAAUCAUGCAGUGUUUAUGCAGGACAUGCUUCAGCUUGAAGACUUUGAAACUAUUGCUGCUGACCUUCGUGUCGCCCGCUCCAAAAUUGUUACCUGGCGCCGAAAAUUUAACACUGCUCUGAUACACGCCGAGGAACGCUCUCGAGAAGAUCCUCUAGACUUUGGCAAGCGGUACGAGCUACUUGGAGUUUCAAUUGUCAUACACAUCAUCCUGAGCCGGCUGUUAUGCUCGAUUGCUCCGAAUGAUCGUAGUCUACUUGAGGAGGAAGUCCAAAACCUGGCCCUGGAGCUCAAGACCGUGCAAGGGUCGUUGGCACAUAAUCGACGAGCAGAAUUUUUUUUCGAACAAAAAUCAAGGAUAGCAGAUGCUGCGAUUUCUACGCACUCAUACUUUGAGGAUGUGCUGGACAGCGGGAAGAUUGUGGAGAUUUGGAGGCUGGAAAAGUUCUUUACAGCUCUGGCGAGGAAGUGCUGUGACGGAGUCGCUUGUUGUGAUACGAAUACGUGA